CGCGGCGGGGGCGGAGGAGGAGCUACGGGCGCUUCGGGGUGCGGGCACCGGGGCGCUGGCCCGGCGGCUGCCGCGGCCCCCCGAGCGCCCUCCCGGCUCCUGGCGCGGCCAUGGCGCGGGGCCUGCGGAGCUGGCUGGGCGGCUGCCUCCUGGUGUCAGCCUUAGGAAUGGUGCCACCUCCCGAAAACGUGAGAAUGAAGUCAGUGAAUUUCAAGAACGUUCUACAGUGGGAGGUGCCUGCUUUUCCCAAAGGGAAUCUGACUUUCACAGCUCAGUACCAAAGUUAUAAGAAAUUCCAAGAUAUGUGCACAAGUACUGUCUUGAUGGAAUGUGAUUUCUCAAGUCUUUCCAAGUAUGGUGAUCACACCUUGAGAGUCAGGGCUGAAUUUGCAGAUGAGCACUCAGACUGGGUGAACAUCACCUUCUGUCCUGUGGAUGACACCAUGAUUGGACCACCUAGAAUGCAAGUAGAAGCACUUGCUAAUUCUUUACAUAUGCGUUUCUUAGCCCCCAAAAUAGAGAAUGAACCUGAAACAUGGACCAUGAGGAAUAUUUAUAACUCGUGGGCUUAUAAUGUGCAAUAUUGGAAAAAUGGCUCGGACGAAAAGUGGCCGAUUACUUGUCAGUAUGACUUUGAGGUCCUCAGAGAUCUUGAGCCACGGACAACUUACUGUGUUCAAGUUCAAGGGUUUCUUCCUGAUCGGAACAAAACCGGGGAAUGGAGUGAGCCUGUCUGUGAGCCAACAACCAAUGCCGAGACUGCCCCGUCCUGGACUGUCGCCGUCGUCCUGGCCGCCUCGGUGUGUGUGGCCUUCCUGCUCCUCGGCUGCUCCGCCCUGCUGUGGUGCCUGUACAAGAAGACCAAGCACGCCUUCUCCCCUGGGAACUGUCUGCCUCAGCACCUGAAAGAGUUGGCGGAUCCUGCUCCAGACUCAGCCUAAAACUGAGCGCGCACCCUAAGUGGGUCCCUGAGAGCGAUGGUAAGCGUGGCCACUCCGGUUUCUCCCCCUUGGUUCCUGAACCCUUGUUCUCUAUCGAAGAUGCAGCGUCACGUAACGGUCCUUGCUUCUGGGUGCACCCCGGGUGCCGCGGGACGAUGCCCCGUUCUCGCAGGGCACCGUUUCCUGGCUGGCGCGUCACCCACACCUUCCGCCGGUGGGUCCGCCGCCCCUCCGGGCUGGCCGCGGCUGGGUCGUGUGCCGCGUGGUAUCACCAGUGGGCCCCUUAGACGUGUGCCCGCUCCAGGCCUUUUUUGCUGUCAGUGGGCCCCCGGUCUCACGCGAUACUAGGCGGGGGCCGUGUUAACUUGCCGGGGCGUCCGUAACAAAGCCCCACAGGUUGCGUGGCUUAAAGAGUGGAAGGUUAUUGUGCCUCGGUUGUGGGGGCCAGAGGCCUGACAUCGGGGCGCCGGCAGGUGGGUGCCUUCUGCGGCUGUGACGGGGAGCCCGUUCCCAGCUCUCCUCUGGCUUCUGGUGGUUUCUGGCCGUCAUUACCAUCCCUUCGCUUGUAGAUGCGUCGCCCCAACCUCUGCCCUCAUCGUCACGUGGUGUCCUUCAUGUGUGUGCCUGUGCCCGUGCCCACGUUGCCUCUCCUUAUGAGGACCCCAGGCAUAUGGAUUAGAGGCCCACCCUGAGGAGGUCUUUUUAACUUGAAUACCUCCGUGAAGACCACGUCUCCAAAUCGGGUCACAUUCUGCGGUGGUGACACCAGAAGGGGCCGUAAAGCACUUGACUGUAGUGGACGCUUGUGGGAGGGAUGAUUUGCCGUCCUUGACUGCCAGGGCCUGGGUCAGCGCCGCUGAGGUCUGACAGAGCGUGGGCUCGGUUGGCACGGGGUCCCGUGGCGGUCUCAGAGUCCACACACAACACGGAGCCACUUGGACCCGCUCCCCUGAGUCCAGACACA